AUGAGGCUCAUUCUACUUCUACUCGUCCUAGCUGUGACAACUCAAGCGGGCUUGCUGGACAUCGGUAAAGUGAAAGAUUUCUUCAAAGGAGGAAAAUACGGCGAGAAAAUUAAAAACGCGACACUCUUAAAGUUCAAGAAGUUAUUUGAAAAAACCGGCAUACUUUCCCUUGGCAGCAAGUUGUCCGAGAUGAGAAGCAAGCUGAUGAAGAAGCUCGAACUCUCGAAACUCAAGAAAGUAGAAGUUGACCGCAAGAUUAAGGAAAUCUUGGCCAAACGGGAUGAUACAGUGGAAAAGGCGAUUAACACAAUAUUCGAUAUCAAUGCUGGUAACAACGUCGGCCAACUACUUUACCAAAGUGACAUCCUUCUGACAAAGAAACAAGCAGAAGAGGUCAUCGAAAGUAUCGAAGGAAAGAACGGUCAAAUGAAGAGACAAGCAGUCAAUCGUGACUAUAAUCCUGAUAGCAUUUGGGUGGACGGAGUCUUUUAUAGAUUCGACGAGAGCACAGAUCCUCGUACCAGAAAAAUAUUCGAGUUAAGUGCCAAACAAUGGGAAAAUGCUACAUGUAUCGAUUUUACUGAAGACAAAGAAGAAAAAGAGCCCCAUUUCAUAUCGGUGGUCAAAAGUGAAGGCUGUUUCUCAGAAAUAGGACGAGUUGGCUUUGACCAGUGGCUUUCACUUGGUCAAGGUUGUGACCAGGUAAAGCAAUUCCAGUCAUGCACAGUUUUACGUGAUGAUAUUUCAAAAAUUAUUGAAGACUAUAAGACAUGG